UUUCUAAUAAGGCAUGUCUACAAAAUAUCCUUGAAGCAAAACAAGGCAGGUAUGGGGAACAAGGAUAAGGAAGACUACAGUGUGUACCCGAACCUGGAUCCGUUCACCAGCGACAUCAAAGCCAAGAUGGAGCAAUUUGUGGAGGAACAGACAGAAGCCAGUUUGUGGAUUUUCGUGCUGGUUGGAGCUGUGGCCACUGUCUCUGUCCUUGGAGUUGUUGUCCUCCUUCUGUACAGAAGAUACAAAAAAUCCAAGGAAGAGGCCGGUCCUCACUAUCGCUUCAGAAAGAGGGACAAGGUGAUGUUCUACGGAAGAAAGAUCAUGAGAAAGGUUCAAACGUUGUCCACGACGCCUGCAUCCAAUUCCACUUCAGCCUCCCGACAGAGAGGAAGGAAGAGGACCAAAGUUUUGUCCAUAGCUCGAAAGAUUCUGCGUAUCCGGAAGGAACCGCCCACCCUGCAGCCCAAAGAGCCCCCUCCCUGUCUGCUUGAAGCUGACCUCACUGAGUUUGACGUCCAGAACUCCCACCUGCCCUCAGAGGUGCUGUACAUGCUGAAGAACGUCAGGGUCCUCGGUCACUUUGAGAAACCUCUCUUCUUGGAGCUCUGUCGCCACAUGGUUCUGAUCCAGCUGCACCAGGGGGAGGCACUCUUCCGACCCGGUGAUACUGAUGACAGCAUUUACGUUGUGCAAGAUGGCCGUCUGGAGCUUUGCAUCCAUGAGAGCGAUGGUACGGAUGCAGUGGUGAAGGAUGUCCUACCUGGAGACAGCGUGCACAGCUUGCUCAGUAUCCUGGACAUUAUCACCGGCUACCCAGCUCCUUAUAAAACAGUGUCUGCAAGGGCUGCAGUCCCUUCCACCGUCCUGCGUCUUCCAGCAGUGGCUUUCCAGGCCGUCUUUGAAAAAUAUCCAGAGACUUUGGUCCGGGUCAUUCAGAUUAUUAUGGUGCGUCUGCAGAGAGUGACAUUCCUUGCUUUACACAACUACCUUGGCCUCACCACUGAGCUUUUCAACCCGGAAAGUCAGGCCAUAUCUCUGGUCUCCGUGGCGAACGUUCUGGGCGACAGUCAGCUUAAAGGCUUCCGCAGACAGCCGUCCCACUCCGAAGAUACGGGGUCGGAGAAAGCUGACGCAGAAAAGACCAGCUCCUCGGACGCGUCUCCAGCUAAAUACCGGAAAUCUCUCUCCAUGCCAGGCUCCUGUUCUAGCUCAGGAGGUGAAGGACCUGCAGAGGGCAGCAGAUGGUUCGACCAGCCUCAGUCCUCCAAAGAAGAGGCGGGAACCCAAGGCUCUGUUAAGUCUAUUCUGAAGAAGAGCGUGACUAUGCUGCCCGCUCCGUCUGCUGUUUAUCAUUACUGCGAGCCUGGAGCAGGAAGCGGCCAUCAUAACAAAGUCAACACCAUCUUCCAGGCUGCUAAAAAGGACCUGCUGCAGGUCAUCCAGCUACAGGACCCCAGUCUGUUGGAAGGAAGGGUGACGCUUCGUCAGGUCAAAGCUGGAUCUAUUGUAGCCCACCAAGGAGAUCAGGACGUGAGCGUAGCGUUCGUCAUCUCAGGGCUGCUCCAUGUCUACCAGCGCAUGAUAGACCGGGAGGAAGAGAGCCUGCUGUUUGUUACCCACCCUGGAGAGAUGGUGGGCCACCUGGCUGUCCUCACAGGGGAACCCCUCAUCUUCACCGUGCGAGCCCACAGAGACUGCACCUUCCUCUCCGUAUCCAAGGCCCACUUCUACGAGAUAAUGCGAGAGGAUCCCAGGGUGGUGCUGCACGUCGCUCACACUGUGGUAAAGAGGAUGUCGUCGUUUGUCAGGCAGAUCGACUUUGCCCUGGACUGGGUGGCUGUGGAGGCCGGCAGAGCCGUCUACAGACAAGGCGACAAGUCGGACAGCACCUUCAUCGUCCUCAGUGGUCGAUUGCGCUCUGUCAUUGCAAAGGAAAAUGGCAAGAAGGAGUUGGCUGGAGAGUACGGCCGCGGGGACCUGAUCGGGGAGGUGGAGGCCCUGACGCACAUGAACCGAGCCACAACGGUCCACGCCGUCAGGGACUCUGAGCUGGCCAAGCUGCCUGAGGGAGCUCUGAACUCCAUCAAGAGGAGGUAUCCUCAGGUGGUCACCAGACUGAUCCAUGUGCUGGGACAGAAGAUCCUGGGCAACAUGCAGCAGGUCAACGGGCCUCUGAGCGGUCGCGGUCUGGCCCUCCACACACCGACCAGUAAGUGGGAUGCCGGGAAUCCAGCCUCUAAUCUGUCUACUGUGGCCAUCCUGCCCGUGUCUGAGGAGGUUCCCCUCACCACCUUUACUCUGGAGCUGCAGCACGCUCUUAGUGGCAUCGGCCCUGCCUUACUGCUGACCAGUGACAUCAUCAAACAGAGACUGGGCUCUGCUGCCCUGGACAGCGUCCAUGAGUACCGUCUGUCCAGCUGGCUGGGCCAGCAGGAAGACAUCCACCGGAUCGUCCUCUACCAGUCCGACCCCAGCCUCACUCCCUGGACCCAGCGCUGCAUCCGCCAGGCCGACUGCAUCAUCAUUGUGGGACUGGGUGAACAGGAGCCCACUGUGGGGGAGUUGGAGCGGAUGCUGGAGAGCAGCUCGGUCCGAGCUCAGAAGCAGCUGGUGCUGCUGCACAGGGAGGACGGCCCGCCGCCCAGCGGCACCGCCGAGUGGCUCAACAUGCGGAGCUGGAUCUCCAGACACCAUCACCUUUCCUGCCCCCGCAGAGUGUUCUCCAAAAGGAGUCUACCGAAGCUGAGAGAGCUGUACCAGCGGGUCUUUGAAAAGCAUCCAGAUCGUCACUCUGACUUCUCUCGCCUGGCCAGGAUCCUGACGGGAAACUCCAUCGCCUUGGUUCUGGGUGGAGGCGGCGCCAGAGGCUGCUCUCAGACCGGCAUUUUGCGGGCGCUGAACGAAGCGGGGAUCCCUGUGGACAUGGUGGGCGGCACCUCUAUCGGCUCUUUCAUGGGAGCUCUGUAUGCAGAGGAGAAGAGCAGCAGUCGGAUGAGGGUCCGGGCUCGGGAGUGGGCUAUGGGUAUGACGUCGUACUUUAAGAAGAUCCUGGAUCUGACCUACCCCGUUACCUCCAUGUUUUCUGGGGCAUCCUUUAACUACAGCAUCAGCUCUGUUUUCAAAGACAAACAGAUUGAGGACCUGUGGCUUCCAUACUUCACCAUAACAACAGAUAUCACUGCUUCCUCCAUGAGAGUUCACACUGACGGUUCUCUGUGGCGUUACGUCCGUGCCAGUAUGUCACUGUCUGGUUACCUGCCGCCUCUCUGCGAUCCCAAAGAUGGACACCUGCUCAUGGAUGGGGGGUACAUAAACAACCUCCCUGCUGACGUGGCUCGCUCCAUGGGGGCCAAGGUUGUGAUCGCCAUCGAUGUUGGAAGCCGGAAUGAAACCAGUCUGACCAACUACGGCGACAGUCUGAGCGGCUGGUGGCUGCUGUGGAAGAGGUUAAACCCGCUGGCCGAGAAGGUCAAGGUUCUAAACAUGGCAGAGAUCCAGACACGACUGGCUUACGUCUGCUGUGUGAGGCAGCUGGAGGUGGUCAGAGACAGCGAUUACUGCGAGUACAUCCGGCCUCCCAUCGACCGUUACGGAACGCUCGAUUUUGGCAAAUUUGAUGAGAUCGCUGAGGUGGGAUACCAGCAUGGAAAGACGCUGUUUGAUGUGUGGCAUCGCAGCGGGGUGGUGGACAGCAUGCUGAAGGACAGACAUCAGGAGGAGUUCCAUAAAACCAAAGCUGGACAUGUGGUCACAUGUCCAAACACUACCUUCACCGACCUGGCAGAGAUCGUAUCGAGAAUUGAACCCGUGAAGAACGCUUUGAUAGACGAGGAGCCGUCUGAUGAGUACCAGACAGACUAUGAUGAGGAGGCGGUAGAAAGUGCUUUAUCGGACUUUGAGGCGUUCGCCCCCGGCAGUGAACACACAGAGGGAGAGGAGACUGCUGAAACUGAUGAAGAAAUCUCCGUCCAAGUCAGACACCGGCUGAAGAAUGCUCCUCAAAACGGUCAUCUGUGACCUCCACCACUCCUGACUCUACCUCGCUGGACUGGAGCUCACCGGGAACCGCAGGACACCCAUUUCAUACGCCGGGACAAAAACGCCAGACGAUCAGCAGCCUCUUUUAUCUGAGACGCAGCCUCACACUGACACCGAUACGUUUAUCAGGGUUGUAAAGAGAAAAGGUUUUCCAACCAUUCAUGAGUUUUUAAUGAACCUUUGACCUGUUUGAGGUGAUUGAAAUGACAUCAUCCGUAGUUAUGGAAACUGAAACCUAUUCAGAGGUUUUCAACACAACCUCUUUAACAAAAUAACAUAAAUUCCCUUACAGUAUAUUCUCUAAUCUUUUGGGAAACUGAAAUCUUCAGACGUUUGCUGCUAUCCUCACAUUUAUACCUGAAUGUAUUCUGACUCACUGCAAAAAAUGAUCCAGAAAUAAGUAAAAAUGUCUUAAAUGAAGUGUAUUUAGCCUUAAUUUGAGGAGUUAAAUUAGACGAUUUGCAAAAUGAAUGAGUAUAAUUGCACAAGAUAAUUCGAUAAUGUGCACUUGAAAUAAGAAUUGUUUAUUAUUUAAAUAUAAAUUGCCUUGCUCCGUUGUAAAGCAUAUCGUUUACCUCCUCAAUUCAAGAAAAAUGCAAUAUUUAGAUUAAAAUUUUUUGCAGUGUGGACUUUAAGAGAUGCAACAAAACAAAGUAUGUCUUCAACUGUGAUGCGAGAAACAGGAUUUAUGAUUUCAGAUUUUUCACAGUAAAAUGGGGCACAUUAUGUUCAGCCCCGAGUUCUAUCUAUGCAGUCACCUUUCCAUUGCAAAUAGAGCUGGAGCGAUUAGUGUUAAUGGUUCUGAUCCGUUUCCAUUUGGACUUUAUGUUGUUUUAUUCUCUCAUAGAAGCCAAAGGACUCUCUAUUUUUUGGUUGUGGCAUAACUACUUUAGCAGGAACUUCUUUCUGUUUAUGAUCUGGAAAAACUCUGCUGGGAUUAUCUGGAAUCAAACAGCAAUGCGUUUCAUUUCACAGAUUUAACCGAUGGUGUCUGGGCUGCUGCUUGGAUGCUUUCAGGUCAUUUCACCAAGGUUUUCAUAUUUCUGUCACAGUUUAACGAAUUGAGCCUUUUCUAAUUCAGUAUUGCAUCAUUAACAUUAUUCAUAAUUCUAAGUAUUGCAUCGUUAACAUUAGUCACCCAUUCUGGGUUCAUUUAUAACAGCGGUAGUGUUUUAUGAUUUUUAAACGUCCUUUAACAGAUUAUGUAGCUGAAAGCUGUUUGUUUCCGUUAGUCGUGGAGCUGUGCUGGUCGGCUGUUACUGUAAGACGCUGCCGGAUUGUCACGACGGUGCGAUAAGCUGCACGACUUAUUUCAGGUCCAUGUCUUGUCAAGUGCAGCAGUUCCUGUUCAUGAGUGGAGAACAAAAACGGUUACGGAAGCACGAGGACGCAGCGUGGAGGAUCACUGACUUUAGUGUUUGAUAACAGUGUUACCUGUUCUAUGUUUACCGUUAUAAAAUAAUGACUUGAAAACUUGUACUUAAAUCCUUUGUUGUGAUUUUAAUUUUAAGUUAAAAAAUGAUGUAGAAUGAUGAUAAAUAUCGUGACAGCUGAAGUAAAAACUGUUGCUUUAAGAUUAAAGUCGUCUGUAUUUGGACUGCAG